UCAACAAGUACAAACAUCGAUGAUGAGAAGUCAACUUGAGGGAUCGGAAGGCUGAACCAGUGGCGAGAAAGCGAAACGAGCAGUAUGCGCUCUGAUAUCGCAUACAUAGGCUAGACAAGCACGUCUUAUCUCCACCUUCUAACACGAUCCUUGGCUCUCCGAUUCAUGCACAGGAGGUUCAUCCACGAAGUCGCACUCAACUUCUGUGCGUCAGAGCUCUGGAGAUAGGAGGGAACUUUCACAUCGUGCCGAGCAUGAUGCGUAGGUUCGUCACGUCAUUACUAUCGGUAGUGGCAUCUUAAUCGAGUCGAUAUAUUAUCCCUUCACAGGCUGCCAGUCAGGCCUAUUAUGGCCCAUAGCUCUAUCCUUCUCGAUCAUUAGACAACCGAUAAUCGCCGGAGAGUACCACUGGCGGAAAAAACCCCUGCAAUGGCUUCAGUGCAACGCAGAAAAUGGUAUCAGAUCAAGUGGUUUGCGGACGAUGACACGAAAGAGGAACGGCAGCUCAUCCUGAAGCUGGAUCUUCUGAUUGUUCCAUAUGCCUUUCUUGCGUACUGGACCAAAUAUAUAGACCAAUCCAACAUAAACAACGCAUAUGUUUCAGGUCUUUCAGAUGAUUUGAACCUGCACGGGAAUGCGCUCGUCCAUCUGCAGACAAUGUACACCGUUGGCGCAGUUCUAGGGCAAAUCCCUUUCGCGUAUCUCUUCACCAAAUUCCCAAUGUCCUGGGUCAUUCCGGCUUUGGAUAUUUCAUGGGGUGUGUUUACGUUACUGCAGUAUCGAGUGACCUCGUACGGGGAAUUGAUGGCUUACCGAUUCCUUGUCGGGUGGUUUGAGGCUGCAUUCUUCCCGGGCAUGCAUUACAUAUUCGGAUCUUGGUAUCGCGGGGAUGAAAUCGGCCGUAGAGGCGGCUGCUUUUAUGUUGGUCUCACUCUCGGAACGUUGACAUCGAGCUUAAUCCAAGCUGGCACGUCGGCAAGGCUUGACGGCGUCCAUGGGCUGGCAGGGUGGCGAUGGAUGUACAUUAUCUGUGCAGUCAUCACCAUUCCCAUUGGCUUGCUGGGAUAUCUGAUCUUACCAGGGACUCCUGACAAGCCAAAUAGAAUAGUCCUGAAACAGGCAGACAUCGAUCUCGCUAAAAAGCGGCUCCAACGAGCAGGACAUGGUGUACAGGAACAGUUCCGGUGGAAGGUGCUCUUGAACAUUGCUCGCAAUUGGAGAUUUUGGGCUUUACUCCUGCUGGAUAUUUUCUUCUGGAACGGAUGCGUCAACACCACUACAGGAGGUUAUCUGCUCUGGCUGAAAAGUCUCAAGAGAUUCUCGACCAGUCGCAUCAACGAGCUCAACGCGAUCUCUCCAGCAUUGGGGAUCUUCUACACACUCUUCAUCUGUUUUUCAUCGGAUCUUAUGUUCGGUCCUGCCUGGGCUAUCACCAUCGCACACACUUGGAACAUUAUUGGGCUGGUGAUACUCGUCGUGUGGGAUGUUCCCCAGUCCGCGCUCUGGUUUGCAUUUGCCACAACCUAUUCUGCAGUCGCUAUGUCCAGUGUGCUCUAUGGCUGGGUUAACAGUCAACUGCGAUACUCGCCUGUUGAACGAGCGGUGGCACUAAUCAUUUUGAAUGCUGUCUCUCAAUCAACGACCGCGUGGACACCCUUACUGGUUUUCAAGACCGUCGAGGCUCCUCGAUUCACUAAGGGGUACUCCUUUGUACUCGGCAAUGCCAUAUGCUUGAUUAUACUGGCGCAUGUCAUUCAGUUCUUUUCGAAACGAGAGGAGUAUGCACUCUGGGAAUCUCGAAAAGAGCAGCAGGCAACUCCGACAUCAGCGACUCAGACGAAACCAGGGAUCUUGAGCCUGGCGAUAGAACAAUCAUGCAGGUCUAUCCUGAGAAGUAGAUGGAAGCGAUAA